CGCUACGGACCGAUCAUGGGUGACUGGAGCUUUCUGGGUAAUAUUUUAGAGGAAGUGAAUGAGCACUCAACGGUGAUCGGCCGGGUGUGGCUCACGGUCCUCUUCAUUUUCCGCAUCCUCAUCCUGGGUACGGCGGCAGAGUUUGUGUGGGGCGACGAGCAGUCGGACUACGUCUGUAACACGCAGCAGCCCGGUUGUGAGAACGUGUGUUACGACGAGGCGUUCCCCAUCUCUCACAUCCGCCUGUGGGUUCUGCAGAUCAUCUUUGUGUCCACGCCAUCUCUGGUCUACGUGGGCCAUGCCGUGCACCACGUCCACAUGGAGGAGAAACGCAAGGAGCGCGAAGAGGCCGAGCUGAGUCGCCAACAGGAGCUGAGUGAGGAGCGGCUGCCACUAGCGCCUGACCAGGGCAGUGUGCGCACCACCAAGGAGACCAGCACAAAGGGCAGCAAGAAGUUUAGGCUGGAGGGCACCCUGCUGAGGACCUACAUCUGCCACAUCAUCUUCAAGACACUGUUCGAAGUGGGUUUUGUAGUGGGCCAGUACUUUCUGUACGGCUUCCGCAUCCUGCCGCUGUACAAGUGCAGCCGCUGGCCCUGCCCCAACACCGUAGACUGCUUCGUGUCCCGGCCAACAGAGAAGACAGUCUUCAUAAUUUUCAUGUUGGCCGUGGCUUGCGUCUCGCUCUUCCUCAACUUUGUGGAGAUCAGCCAUCUGGGCUUGAAGAAGAUCCGCUUCGUCUUCUGGAAGCCAACCCCGGGGCAAGCCCAGGGUGAAGGCCUGAGCCCCCUGCCCCCCCCAGGGGGGAUCCUGAAGAGCCUGCCUCCCCUGGCUGUGCCCUCCAUCCAGAGGGCCAAAGGCUACAGGCUGCUGGAGGAGGAGAAAGCCCCGUCCGUGACCCACCUCUAUCCUCUGGCAGAGACGUGCAUGGAGGCAGGGAGGUUAACCCCCCUGGCCCCGCCCUUCCAGUGCAUGGAGGAGAAGGCGGAAGAACUGAGGCACACGGAGGAUAUUUCUAAGGUGUACAAUGAGAUCCUGCCCUCCUACGCCCAGACCACCGAGAUAGGGGAGGACACACUACCACUACACCAAGAGGAGGAGGAGCAGGAGCAGGUGGUGGAGGAGGAGGACAAAGAAGAGGUGGUGGUGGUGGAGGAGGAGGUGGAGGAGGUGGUGGAGCAGGAUGUGGUGGAUGGAGUGGUGGAGGAGGAGGUGGUGGAUGGAGUGAUGGAGGUGGUGGUGGAGAAGGAUGUGGUGGAUGGUGUGGUGGAGGAGGUUGUGGUGGAGGAGGAUGUGGUGGAUGGUGUGGUGGAAAGGGAGGAAGAGAAAGAAGAAGAGCAGAGGGAGAAGGAUGAAGAAGAGAGGGAAAAGGAGGUGGUGGAGGAGGUUGUGGUGGAGGAUGUGGUGAAAGAGGAUGUGGAGCAGGAGGAUGCGGUGAAGGAAGUUGUGGUGGUGGAGGAGGUGGUCGACGGGGAAGGGGGACCUCCAACCGAGGCGGAGAUGGAGGUGACGGAUACGAUAGAAGACACCAGACCACUGAGCAGAUUGAGCAAAGCCAGCAGCAGGGCCAGGUCAGACGAUCUCACCGUAUGAACCUGUGAGAGAAAACACACGCACACACUUACACCGAACACAGGAGAACAUACACCUAACUCUAGACAACACACACUUAAAACAGCAGGGAAACUUAACCAAGGGAAAGACAUGUAAAUCCAACAGGGAUAGAUUCAAUCACAAGUUGCAUAUUACCCUUAUGACGUGGGCAACAUCAUUCAACAAGGCAAAGAAAGAUCUGAGCCUGUUUGUGAGAUAAGUGAAUAUUAUAAAAAGUAGCGGUUAACAAGAGGGAUAGAUUUUUUUUCAUUAAGCGUGUUCUUAUGUAGAAAACGUAGAAAGGGCAAACAUGCAGAAAGGGGAAAAUAUUUUUACUUUAACAAUAACCAAUGAAAGUUCAGUAAUGUUUACAUAUUCUGGUGGGGUUGAAUGGGUAGGGGAAGAGAUUGAGCAUAUAUUCCUAUCUGCAAGGCAGUAACAUUACUGUAGGCAGGCAAGCACUUUCAUUCCCAUACAGUCAGUGACAGACUGUAAUUAUGUAGUUGCAAACAUCUUGCAGGUGGAAGGGUUCUUAUGCACCAAGUCCUUGCACAGAAAAAUCAUGUAACAAAAUGUACAAACUUAUGACCGACUCUUCAACACUAAGUUGAUAGUCAUUUUUUGGAUCAAUAAUAGCAUAAUUUUGGCACACAUUUCCUAGAGAACAGGGAACUCUGUGCAAGGCCAAUAUAACCCUCAUAUCAACUCAAUUAUGCUUAGAUUUACAUUUCUUUCAAAUGAAGGGAGAUUUGCAUCUAUGUACAAGAACAUAUCUCUCCCUUUCAUGUUUAUAUACAGCGUUGUACAGCCAAAAAGCUGGGUAGUGGAGAAAAACAAACCCCAAAAAUACCACAUGUUGAAUGUCUCUUUUCAAUGUGAUUCUACAGCUCAUCUUUUGGAUUGCUUAUAUAUUUCGUUGCCUAUAUAAUGCAGAAGUGUGAACUGUUAUAAUGUCUUUUUUGUGAAAGAGAGGAGUGCUGGUUUUGCCCGAUCACAGACUGGAGCAUAGUAACAACCUCAGGCCAAAUCCUCUCUUUUCGCGCUGUACAAACAGGCUUCAGAGCGAUAAAGAUCACGCACGAUCAGCACAAAGUAUUGUGGAGCCACAGACAAUAAAAGAAAGCACUCUCAUAUGAAAAACAAGCUUCCUUGACAUUGUUGUGGGGGAAAAAUAGUUUUACUUGAUUUUAUCUGCCCUUGAUGUUCUUUGCCCCUGUACAAAUAUGAAAUACUUGUUUACUACAUUUUGAAAGACAAACAAUAAAUGGUGAAUCUCAUUGUACAUAAACUAUCAUCCUAACUGAUGUCUAAUAGCAAACAGAAUGUUGAGACAGUUUAAGUUAUGAUAUUAUGUCUAGCUAAAUUACUAGAAAACAGUCAAGAAACAUCAUAAUGCUGCUCAAGUCACUGAUUUGGUAGGGAAAAUUAAGUGCUUAUCAAAAUUGAAUCAUUAUUUCCCAAAUUACCAUAGACUUGCUUUGCAGAACUUUGACCUUUCUUAUCUCUGUCCCAGAGAUGUUUUUAUUUUUACAUGUUUAAAAAGUUGUUAGAGAGCAGAAUUCUCUCUUACAAGUACUUUUUAAAUUAAAACAAAAAAACAAUUCCCCAUGAAAGGGAAGCCUUAAAGUAUGACUUAUGUGUAUGAAAUAUUUCUAUAUUUUUCUCUCUUGCUCUCUCUGCUUUAUUUAGAUUGCUUUCCAAUGUAUAUUGUUUUUGCUUUCUUUUGCUUUCCAAUGUAUAAUUGUAUGUGCUUUAUCUGUAAAUGUAAAUUCUCAGAUGUCUUUGUAAAGGUUAAAGCACUUCCAUUGCUCUGGGAACUAUGUGAAUGUCAUGUCUUAAAUUCAACGUUUUUUCCCUUAGCUUUCAAAUAAUCAUUUGUACAUGCAACCCCCCCCCUUAAAUAUGUUAGGGAAAUGUAAAGUUUGUCUGCAAAUAACUGUACUUGCUUCUCAGUCAGUGCUGUGCCUUAAAGCAAAGCAUUGGUCAAUGCAGCAGUGGGUUUAUCCAGUGGCACAAAUCAAAUGGUGCAGAAAAGCCACACGCACACACACUUCCAGUGUUGGUUUUGGGGGUAUGAUCAAACGGCUCUAGACAAACUCUGAUAGAAAGGCAGCUUUGACCCCUUUGUGACCCCUAGCCACUCAUUUGCUUCCCAUAAGCCAAUGCUUUAACAACCUUGUGAAUGAGACAACAGGCUUUUCACAAAUGCAGAAUAGUUUAGCACAUUUCAACACUGAAAUAUAUUCCAAAAACAAAAUGUGUUCUGGUUCUCAUGUGUGGUAAAUUCAUAUAACUGGUACAUAUGUGUUUUGUGUUUCAAACAGUUCCCCUUGCUUAAUCGUUUGUAAGAACAUUUGACUAAUCUUGGGAAAGAAAAGAUAACUUUUUACUAACUUCUAGUCCUCUUUGCUCCUAGUUGUGUGGCUGUAUGAUCUUUUGGACAGUGAAC